AUGGAGAAAGACAACCUCACAGUGGUGACUGAGUUCAUCCUGAUGGGCAUCACUGACCGUGCUGAGCUUCAGGCUCCAUUGUUUGGACUGUUCCUCAUCAUCUAUCUGGUCUCACUGGUGGGCAACUUGGGCCUGAUCAUCCUCACCAUGGUGGACUCCAAGCUGCAAACACCCAUGUACUUCUUUCUCAGACACCUGGCUAUCACUGAUCUUGGUUAUUCCACAGCUGUGGGACCCAAAAUGCUAGUAAAUUUUGUUGUUGAUCAAAAUAAAAUCAUUUAUCAUCUUUGUGCAGCACAGCUAACUUUCUUUCUUAUGUUCAUCAUUUCUGAACUCUUUAUUCUGUCUGCAAUGUCCUAUGACCGCUAUGUGGCCAUCUGUAAGCCUCUGUUCUACACUGUCAUCAUGUCACAUAGGGUAUGUUGGAUGCUAGUGGCAGUUCCUUAUUUCUAUAGUGUCAUUAUUUCUCUUCUCAUCACUAUAAAAAUUUUUGCUUUGCCCUUUUGUGGCUACAAAAUUAUUAGCCAUUUCUGUGACAGUCUUCCUUUAAUAUCAUUGCUCUGCUCAAAUACACAUGAAAUUGAAAUUAUAAUUUUGAUUUCAGCAGGGUUUAAUUUGGUUUCAUCUCUAGUGGUUCUCCUAUUUUCUUAUCUACUCAUUCUUAUAGCCAUUUUUAAGAUGAAUUCAGCUGAAGGCAGGAAGAAAGCUUUGUCUACCUGUGGGUCCCACCUGACAGUGGUGGCUGUCUUCUAUGGGACUUUGAUAUUUAUGUAUGUGCAGCCCAAGUCAAGCCACUCCUUUGACACUGAUAAGAUGGCUUCUGUAUUUUAUACUCUGAUUAUCCCCAUGUUGAAUCCCUUGAUCUAUAGCCUAAGGAACAAAGAUGUAAAACAUGCUCUGGACAGGUUGUGGAAAGUAUCAUGUAAUAUUUUUUCUUGA